AUGGCUUUCGCCGUCGCUGGAGUCGCACCCGCGGUCAGCAUCAUUAGCGCGCUGAUCCUGAAGGCACAGAAAGUGAGCCAAGCGUGCAAGGAAAUUAAGGGGCAAAAAAAACACCUUGAAAGCGACUGCGCAUUCAUUGAAACCCUCUUAGAACGGCUGAACGGCGAGGAACUUCAGACACUCAGGGAACCGAACCAUCGGCUCGUGUUGGAGCUAGACAAAUAUCUCGAUGACACUCGCGAGGUCCUGGGAAAUAUUUCGAGGCACAAAGAACAACGUGGCUGUUUCUCGUGUUGCCGUUCGAGCUGUUGUCGGGCCGAAACUGAUUUGAGUAACAUGAGUGACAUCAAAGAGAGGCUCGCUUCUCACCUACGACUUCUCGGUUUCGACAUUCAACUGGAUGCGAAUAAAGCGUUGGCCAAGGCUUUGCGGGACGGGCAUGCGAUUCAACAGAAGCUAGAUGCCCAGGGCCAACAACUCGACGAGAUCAGAGCAGUACUCGUGGAGGAAAACUCCUCAUCAGUAAACGAGCCCAUGGUCUUUAAGGACCAACCACCCGUGCCAGAGACUCGAGUAUGUGCUCUCUCAAACAACCGCUUUUGCACGGUGAAGACCUAUAAAGAUGAAUCUGUGGUUGAUUUGCACGAGAGCUUCGAGAAGGGAGGUGAAUGGAUAAGGAAGAAGGGGAUCCGUCUCACCCGGGGUGAGUGGGCUGCGCUUUGUGCAGCGAUGGAUGAGGUGACAAAAGCAUGUGAUGUCGUGUCCGAAAACGACAUCGACAUUUGUGAUCUGUCCUCCCUCCGAAAGGCCAAGGUUGGUAGAUAUCGAGGUGAAGUGCGCAUUGCCAUCUUCGACUGGUACCAAGACUCGAAGAGCAAGCAACUGAGACCCUCAAAGACAGGCAUAUCUAUGCCGAUGGAACAGUGGAAGACGUUACAGGCGAAUAGAGCUAAAGUCGACAACGCAUUUCUAGGCGGCGCACAGUAA